AUGUGCAAAGGUUCUAAGACCGCUCUUUCGCCUUCCAACACCAACAACAUGGAAGAACCUUCGUUUAAGCAGAAAGGCAGCACCUUGUCUACCUGCUCAGUUCUGCUCGAGCUUGCUGCCUCUGACGAUCUCGUUUUCUUCAGAAACGAAGUCGAGGGAAAAGGGCUGGAUGUUAAUGAAGCAAGCUACUGGUAUAUCAGAAGAAACGGUUCUCGGAAGAUGGGUUUUGAACUCAGAACCCCUCUCAUGAUUGCUGCCUUGUUCGGAAGCACAAGCGUGGUGAAGUACAUCAUUGCAACUGGCAGAGUCGAUGUCAACAGAGCUUGUGGCUCCGAUAAGGUUACUGCGUUGCACUGUGCUGUAGCUGGUGGCUCGAAUUCCUCGGCCGAGAUCGUCAAGGUGUUGCUUGAUGCUUCGGCUGAUGCUGAUUGUGUCGAUGUUAAUGGAAACAAGCCGGAGGAUCUCUUCAUGUCUUCCUCCAAAUGCCCUUGCAAUUCGAGGAGGAAGCUGAUCGAGUCGUUGCUCAAGGGUGAGAGUUUGAGUGAAGAUGAGGAGGAGAAGCUUAUCAUGGCAGUUCCUACUCAGCUUGCUAAAGAGGGAGCUACGGAGAGGAAAGAGUAUCCUAUCGAUGUGUCGCUCCCUGAUAUCAACACCGGGGUGUAUGGUACCGAUGAGUUCAGGAUGUAUUCAUUCAAGGUCAAGCCAUGCUCGAGGGCAUAUUCCCAUGACUGGACCGAGUGUCCCUUUGUCCACCCUGGGGAGAACGCUAGGAGAAGGGACCCAAGGAAGUACCCUUACAGCUGUGUCCCUUGCCCUGAAUUCCGAAAGGGCUCGUGCCAGAAGGUUGAUUCCUGUGAGUAUGCUCAUGGUGUGUUCGAGUCGUGGCUGCAUCCUGCUCAGUAUCGGACAAGGCUUUGCAAGGACGAGACUGGUUGUGGGAGGAAAGUCUGUUUCUUUGCUCACAAGGUUGAGGAGUUGAGACCAGUCCAUGCCGCCACAGGUUCAGCUAUGCUUUCUCCUCCCAGGUCUUCUGCUUCUGGAAUGGAGAUGCCUUCUUUGAGCCCACUAUCUCUGGGUUCGAUGUCUAUGUCAUUGCCUACCGCUUCCACUCCUCCCAUGUCACCUUUAGCAACUGCGUCUUCGUCCCCAAAGAGUGGGGGGUUGUGGCAGAACAAGAUCAACUUCACCCCACCUGCUUUGCAACAUCCAGGAAGCAGGUUGAAGACUGCUAUGAAUGCUCGAGAUUUCGAUUUGGAGCUGGAGUUGCUCAGGUUCGAGAACCAGACCAACCAGCUACAUCAACAGCAGUUGAUGGAAGAGAUUUCGGGUCUCUCCUCACCAACCUGCUGGAGAGACUUGAAUCCUACUAACCUAGAUGAUUCAUAUCAUUCUCCAACGGGUCUUCAGAUGCGCCAGAACGUGAACCAACUCCGAUCGAGUUACCCUUCCAAUGUGUCAUCUCCCCAAUCGGUAAGGAAGCUCGGGUCAUAUGGAGGGUUCGAUUCGUCCGCUGCAGUGGCUGCUGCUGUGAUGAACUCUAGGUCCUCGGCUUUUACAAAACGGAGCCAGAGUUUCAUUGACCGUGGUGCAGCAGCCAACAACAACCGCCAUGGAUUCACCGGGCCGACAGCCAACUCAGUUUCGAUGAUGUCACCCCCCAACAAUCUCUCCGACUGGGGCUCACCCGACGGGAGGCUCGAUUGGGGGAUGCAAGGAGACGAGCUUAACAAGCUCAAGAGGUCUGCUUCUUUCGGCUUCAGAGGCAGCCACAACAAUAGCCCCACAACCAGGCCUGCAAGUUUGGCUAUGUCGAACAAUGGCGAGCCAGACGUUUCGUGGGUUAACUCGCUGGUCAAGGACGUUCCUUCUAGCAUCGAUGGAGGUGGUUUUCGCGAGAAUCGUUUCAGCAACGGGAGUGGCGUUCGUGAGUCUUCCAUUCCACCAUGGAUGGAGCAGAUGUAUAUAGAGCAGGAGCAGAUGGUGGCAUAA